UUGCAACUCCGUGGUUUCGUUGAAUGUAAUGAUAUCAUAAGCCCUAUUGAAGUAUUAUUAAAUUCAAAUUUUGCUAAAGUCGAAUCUUUGUCGUAUAUAGUUUCUACCGAGAAACAAACAAGGCAUAAACGAGCUUUAGAAUUCGGUGGAGAAUUUUUGAAAUUCUUUUUUGGAACUCUAGAUGCUGAUGAUGCACGAAAGUACGAUGCAGCCAUUAGCGCUUGUCAAAAUAGCGAAUCCGAACUACUAAAACUAAUGAAGGAUAAUAUCCACAUAAUUCAAUCGUCUAUUAAUGUUUUUAACUCAACAAUAUAUAAACUAAAUAUGAAUGAAAAUAAAUUAAAUUCUCAAAUAAAUUCUUUAAAUAUUGUGUUAUCCCAAAUUGUCAAAAACAAUGACCAAUUAUCACACAUCUCUAAAAUAUAUGCUUUACUUAAUAUAAUAGAAAGCUCUUUGGCCACUAUUUCUAAUUUCUUAGAUAAUGUACUAAACUCUAUCUUAUUUUCUAAGCGACUAGAUUUUCCAAUACCAUUAACGGUUGAAAAUAUACAUACUCUGAUAGAUAUUUCAAAACUCACAUCUUUCUAUUAUAAUCAAAGAAUAAUUUUCAUAUUACGCAUACCACUGAUUUCUUCUUUAAGGUUCACUUUAUACAAAUGCAUACCCUUACCAACUCCUCAUAAUCCUAGUAAUCCUAAUUCUUUCGCCCUAAUUCAAGCCACCAAGCCUUAUCUUGGAAUAACAGAAGAUAGACUUAGUUAUAGUUUGUUAGAUAAUUUAAAUGAUUGUAAUAUUAUCAGUAAUGAUUAUUCUAUAUGUCCUUUAAUUUCUAUAUUUUCCACAAUAAAGAACCCAUCUUGUGAAACGAAAUUGUUAACUGAAGUAACGUUAUCCUUGCCAUCUCAAUGUAACUCUAAACUUUUAUAUGGACAAAUCGAUGUAUGGUAUAAAAUAAGUAAUAAUAAGUUUAUCUAUGUACAAUCUGAAAAAUGUAAAUUAACUAUAAAAUGUAAUAAUAUAAUACAAGAUUUUACUAUUUUAGGAACAUGUAUCCUAAGUUUAAAUGAAAGCUGUAUUGGUUUUUCUAAGACAAUUCAAUUAUCACCAUCUACAAUUAAAUCUAUUAAAAUUGAAAAUAAAAUGAAUUUAAACUUUAAUAUUAUAGAAGACGAUUGUUGUAAUAAGGAAGUUUUAAAUAAAUCGAUUCCCUACUUAUCCCCUAUAUCUCUAACUAGCCUAGACAUGGACGCUCUAAAAUAUUCUUAUCACUCCUUAAACAACUUAGAAAGUGAGAUCAAUAAGGUUCAAGAACAAUCUCACAUUAUUAAAUAUGGUAAUUACUAUUCAUCGUUUACAUACUUCUUGAUCAUUUGUUUUAUUUUAUAUGUUUCCUAUAAAAUGUUUUGUUACUUUAUUAAGAGAAAUAACGAUUCUUGCUGUUGUAUACAAAUAUUUAAUCAGUGCAAUACACGACGAAUUGUUAAACACAAAUCAAAGGUUAGUAAUUCUAUUGAGUUAAGUGAAGUCUCAUCAUCAGACGACGAUAAAAAGGAUUCUAUAUCUUUAUCCAACAUGCCAGUGCAAAAUCAAAUGAAAAGAACAUUUGGUAAAUUCAACUUAUCAAAUCGAAACUUAUGUAAUAAUUAA